AUGGACAAAAAUCUGUUUGCUAAGAAUUUUUCUGUUAGACCAAACAAAGGCGCCCUGGCUUGCUGGGCUGCUUGGGGCCGGCGGGACCGUGAGCAUCUCUACAUCUUCGGAAACAACCCUGUGGAUGAAAACGGUGCCAAGAUUCCUGAUGAGUUCGACAAUGAUCCGAUUCUGGUACAGCAGCUGCGCCGGACCUACAAAUAUUUCAAGGACUACAGACAGGUGAUCAUCGAGCCCACCAGCCCCUGCCUCCUGCCAGACCCCCUGCGGGAGCCCUACUACCAGCCGCCCUACACGCUCGUCCUGGAGCUCACUGGCGUUCUCUUGUCGCUGGCCACAGGCUGGAGGUUUAAGAAGCGCCCAGGCAUCGAGACGCUGUUCCAGCAGCUCGCCCCUCUGUAUGAAAUCGUCAUCUUCACGUCAGAGACCGGCAUGACUGCGUUCCCGCUCAUCGACAGCGUGGACCCCCACGGCUUCAUCUCCUACCGCCUGUUCCGGGAUGCCACACGAUACAUGGAUGGGCACCACGUGAAGGACAUUUCCUGUCUGAAUCGGGACCCAGCCCGCGUGGUGCUUGUGGACUGCAAGAAGGAAGCCUUCCGCCUACAGCCGUAAAAGCCCUGGGAUGGCAACUCCGAUGACCGGGUCUUGUUGGACUUGUCUGCCUUUCUCAAGACCAUUGCCCUGAACGGCGUGGAGGACGUGCGCACUGUGCUGGAGCACUACGCCCUGGAGGACGACCCCCUGGAGGCUUUCAAACAGCGCCAGAGCCGGCUAGAGCAGGAGGAACAGCAGCGCAUGGCCGAGCUCUCCAAGUCCAACAAGCAGAACCUCUUCUUCGGCUCUAGUGUUGCCUCUAGUGUACAAUGAGAAAAAUUCUGGAAA